UCAUCACCAUGCUUUUGUCCUGACAUAUCUCCUGGAUAAAUUGAAAAUGUAUAUAACAAGCCUCCCUCGCGCCAGCAUGGGUGAGACGUGGCCGCUGUCUGCUUUGCCUGGAUUUCAUCUGGUCCAUUCGGUCUUCACCUCCGGUCUUGAUAGUUACUUCUAAACAUGAAGGGCUCUACCUUCGCCAGAGCGGCAUCGCUGCUGUCUCCUCUAUUCUCUCUUGCUCAAGCUCAGGAGAAGUGGACGCACCCGGGUACUGGAAUUGAAUUCUGGAAACAGACCGUUGACACUUCCCAGACCAGUGGUGGCUUCGAGUGGGGUUAUGCCCUUCCAGGAGAGCCCACUGGUAGCAACGACGAGUACAUUGGUUAUAUUAAAGGUUCAGCAGCCGGCAAGAAGGGAUGGUCAGGUGUCUCCCAUGGAGGAGGCAUGCCCAAUGCUCUUCUAUUGGUAUCCUGGCCUGAGGGCGAUGCUGUCAAGACCACGUUCGUCUACGCAGGCGGAUAUGUGAACCCCGACCCAUACACUGGGAAUGCUACUCUCACGCAGAUCUCUCACACGGUCACUGAUGACCACUUUGAGUUGAUCUACCGCUGUCAAUGGUGCUGGAUCUGGGACCAGGGUGGUGCAGACGGUUCACAGCUUCCCACAAAUGAGGUGCAGGUCAUUGGUUGGGCCCAGCACAAGGACGUACCGUCAGGUACCUCAUGGACAUUCCACAACAAUGGUCAAUCCCAAUUCGGUGCUCAACCCGCCCAGGCCAGGAAUGCUAAGUACUUCGAAUGGGCCAACGGUGGUGGCACAACGCCCACCGCCACGCCCACUGCCACGCCAUCUGGCGGACCAACCCCAACUCCCUCCCAGGCUGUACCCACGACUUGCGUUGGAAAGCCCGCCCCCACAGGUUCUUUCGAUUACAUCGUCGUUGGUGCCGGUGCCGGUGGUAUUCCCGUAGCCGACAGGCUCUCUGAGUCUGGCAAGAGCGUGCUGCUUAUCGAGAGGGGUCCACCAUCCCUCGGCCGAUUCGGCGGAACCAUGAAGCCAGCCUGGUUGAACGGAACUGACCUCACUCGGUUCGACGUCCCCGGUCUCUGCAACCAGAUCUGGGUUGACUCUGCUGGCAUUGCUUGCACUGACAUCGAUCAAAUGGCUGGCUGCGUCCUUGGUGGAGGCGCCGCUGUCAAUGCUGCUCUCUGGUGGAGGCCCGUCGAGAAGGAUUGGGACUACAACUUCCCUGCCGGAUGGAAGGCCGCUGAUAUCAAGGCUGCCACCGACCGUGUGUUCAAGCGCAUUCCGGGAACAGAUACCCCAUCUACCGAUGGCAAGCGUUACAAGCAGGAAGGCUUCAACGUCCUCUCUACCGCUUUCUCUGCUGCCGGCUGGAAGCAGGUCAAGGCCACUGAGCAGCCCAACGAGAAGAACUUCACAUACUCCCACUCCGUUUUCAUGUACGAGAAGGGACAGCGCCAGGGACCUCUAGGGACCUACCUUGUCAGCGCUCUCGAGAGGAAGAACUUCCAGCUCUGGCAAAACACCAAGGUCAGACGUGUCGUACGUUCCGGAGGCAAGGCCACUGGCGUCGAGCUUGAUGGUGGCGAUGGUGGAUACUGCGGCACUGUGAAACUCAACGAUGGUGGACGUGUCAUUCUUUCUGCCGGUACCUUCGGUUCUACCAAGCUCCUCUUCCGAAGCGGCAUUGGCCCCAAGGCUCAGCUCAACAUCGUCAAGAACAGUAUCCAGGACGGAUCCACCCUCAUCAACGAGACCCAGUGGAUUGACCUCCCCGUCGGCCUGAACUUGAACGAUCACGUCAACACCGACACUGUCGUCAGGCAUCCUAACGUGUCCUUCUACGACUUCUACAAGGCGUGGGAUGGCGAAUAUCCCUCUGACUCCAAGCAGUACCUUGCCGACCGCUCUGGCAUCCUCGCCCAGUCCGCACCUAACAUCGGCCCCGUUGCUUGGGAAGAUGUCAAGGGAUCUGACGGUAUCGAGCGCGCCAUCCAGUGGACCGCACGUGUCGAGCCAUCCCCACCAGCAACCGACAACACCUCCAUGACCAUCAGCAACUACCUCGGCCGUGGAUCUACCUCCCGUGGUGCCCUCUCCAUCAACGGAGCUUUGAACAUCUUCGUCUCCAAGGCACCUUACCUCCAGACCCAGGAGGAUUUCGAUGCCGUCGUCACCUCCAUCAAGAACCUCCAGGCCGCCAUGGCCAAGGUCCCAGGCAUCGUCUUCGAGGUCCCAGCGCCCAACGUCACCGUCGAGGCCUACGUCAAGAGCCUCCCCCUCACUGCCGCCGCCCGCCGUGCCAACCACUGGAUCGGCACAGCCAAGAUCGGUACCGACAGCGGUCUCACUGGCGGAUCCUCCGUCGUCGACCUUAACACGCAGGUCUACGGCACCGAGAACAUCCACGUCGUCGACGCUUCCAUCUUCCCCGGACACAUCCAAACCAACCCCACAUCCUACAUCGUCACCGUCGCCGACCACGCCGCCGCGAAGAUUCUCGCCCUGGGCAAGCCAUCCGGCGGAACGCCGGGAACACCCACGCCUGGAAAACAGGCUGGCGCGGUACGUAAUUAAACUCUCUUCCUGGAUGAAAGAAAGAAAAGAAAUACAUACAUAAACAUACGGCGUUUUUAUUUAUGGGAUGGGGCGAAUGUAUCUUUUGCGAUUUAGACUUCAUGUUGGGGGGUUUUGUUGCAGAGGGCGGAGAGAGAAGGGGAUUUACGAAAUGCUGCUGUCACUUGUUGUUGUAU